AUGAAGCAGGCAGAGCUAGUGCCCCUAGCGACGGCAGCCAAUGCACCCGCAGCGACCGCAGUUACCAGUGCCGAUUGCAGCUGUGCCGAAAUUCCGGAUGGCCCAGUUUGGCAAGGGUUGGUUGAAAUUGCUGUGACGCCGGUAGCACAUGCAGUGGCUUCUGCAAUAGAAAGCACGGCAGCACUGACGCUGGCCCCACCAGGCGAUGCUGUUCCUGAGGUUGGUGGCAAGGCUACUAAUCCAGACUGGCAGCAGGAUGCUGAGGAUGAGGGCACUAGACUGGAAGAUCCAACUGCUGGCGAUGAGAUAGAUGCGACGACAGUAGCAGGUGAAGAGAUGGAAGAAACAAAAGCAGUCGGAGAAACCCCGGGAAGUUCGUUUGCCAGACAAAGUUGUAUAAGGCUAGAGAGUCCGGUUGGUGAUGCCGAGGCUAAACGGCAUAUACUUUCAAGAAAGGAAGACUGUUUUGUGACAUAG